GCUCCUGCUGCCGGAGCGGAAGCAGCAGCAGCAGCGGCGGCGCCCCCGGAGCCGGAGCCGGCCGCUCCCUCCGCGGGCCGCCGGGAAGGGGAGGGCCGGGGCCGGGAGCGGCGGGGGCGGCGGCAGGUGCGAGGAUGGCGGCCGGGGACGCGGAGCAAGUGCGGUACUGCGGGAGGUUCUCCUACCUCUGCCUCAAGCUCACCCUCAUCACCUACUCCACCACCUUCUGGGUGAUCGGAGCCCUUGUCCUCGCGGUCGGGAUUUAUGCUGAAGUUGAAAGACAGAAGUACAAAACUCUAGAAAGUGCCUUUCUAGCCCCAGCAAUUAUUUUAAUACUUUUGGGCAUUAUAAUGUUCCUGGUAUCUUUUGUGGGUGUACUGGCUUCUUUAAGAGACAAUUUAUGCCUUCUUCAAGCAUUCAUGUACAUUCUUGGUAUCUGCUUGCUGAUUGAGCUGACUGGUGGAGUGGUGGCCCUGAUCUUCAGAAACCAGACAAUCAAAUUUUUGAACGACAAUAUAAGAAGAGGAAUUGCGAAUUACUACGAUGAUUUAGACUUCAAGAACAUCAUGGAUUCUGUUCAAAAGCGGUUUAAGUGCUGCGGUGGGGAAGAUUACAGAGAUUGGUCACAAAACGUAUACCACAACUGUGCGGCGCCGGGACCGCUGGCCUGUGGGGUGCCCUACUCUUGCUGUGUCACAAAUAAGACAGACAUCAUCAACACUAUGUGCGGAUACAAAACCAUUGACAAAGAGCGCUUGAGUGUUCAGAAUAUUAUAUAUGUCCGUGGAUGCACGAAUGCGGUGCUCAUUUGGUUUUUGGACAACUACAGCAUCAUGGCUGGCGUGCUGCUCGGCAUAUUGCUACCCCAGUUCCUGGGGGUGUUGUUGUCCUUGCUGUACAUAACUCGGGUGGAAGACAUCAUCACCGAGCACAAACUGAGCGAAAGACUGUUUGAAGACGUGGGGCAGAGAUCUGCCCCUGAGUUCACUGGAGCCGGCUGCUGCAUGUGUUACCCGGGGUGAAUUCAGAAACCUCAGAUAUGGUUAAAAAAAAAAGAAAAAAAAAAAAAAGGCAAAUCCCCCUGUUGCGGUUUGUGCUGGCUAUUACAGACUGGGGGUGUAAUGCAUUGGCCAGGAGACGGGCCGAUACCCCCGUAGCCUCAUUGCUCUCGGUGUGUCUGCAGCCAAAGACAUGCCAGGAGGGCUCUGGGCCGCUGGUGAUGCUGCUGCGCUAUCAUGACGCUGCUGGAAGGUGGGCUGGUGGAUCAUUAAAUCUUGGGGGUUUUUUUGUUUCGGUUUUUUUUUUUUUUUUUUUAAAUGAUUGCUGAGUGAUAACGCAGCUGGCAAAAUGAUUCUGGGAAGACUUAAAGGUAGAUUUCUAGGAAGAGCCUUUGCGCCUUGGGAUGUCGUAUUUAAAUGUUUGUCUUUUCCGAUUUUAUUUUCUUACUCUUUCCAAAAAUGAUUUCUUACUGAUCUACAUGGUGAAUAUUAAACGUGUGUUUAAUAGACUUUUUUAUGCUAAUCUUGAUGAAUUUACUGACAAUAAUGGAUGUGAUGCUGAACACUUUCAUUGCUCAGUCUUUUAUGCCUUUUAAUAAUGGGGCAAAUGCCGAUGUCGAAUCAGUCAGGUAAUGGUUGAUAUAUUUUUAAUGCAAUUUGUUACUGUCUGGCUUUUGUAUAAACUUACAGGAUGUUUGAGUCUUGUAUGUACUGUAUUUUUCCUAUUUAGUAAAUUAAUUAGGAAGUUUAUGAUUUUCUUUUUUUUUUGAGUUCUGUAUGUUGAGGUGUUUCUAAAUUUUG